AAAGCCUUCGCCUUCCUUCCUCUUCCACCCAAGCGGCGCGGCGAGCAGCAGCCGGCGAGGCAGGAUGAACCUGGCGCAGUGUCGCGUCCAGAUUCAUAGGCCGCGCCGACCUAUAAGUACACUCGCGGGGCACGCUCUCUCUCUCUCCGAGGAUUGCGGUUGCAAGCAGGAUAAACGGCCACCGGUAGGCGUCGGCGGAGAGGAGAGGAGCAAGAGAGGGUGGGAAGGAGAGGCACCUCCGGAUUAAUUCCUCCGCGGGAGCUGGAUAUUGUGAGGGAAUCGAGCGAUCGAGUCGUCGUCGUCUUCCCCUGAGCAAUCCGGACGCACGCGCCCCCCGCCUGUUCUGCUUCCAUCUUCUCCACGCGGAUCGGCGAGACAAGAAUCAGGAAGCACCCAGCGAUUGAGUCGUCAUCUUUCCCUGAGCAACCCGGAGUGCCCCACCUAUUCUGCUUCCUCUUCUCCACACGGAUCGUCGAGACAAGAAGCAAGAAGCAUCCAGAUAUGGCACCAAGAGGAAAGCCUUGGAAGCAUUGUUGCAACAAGUGCGACAAGAGCUUCCGUUCAGGGAAUGCUCUUGGAGGCCACAUGUCCUGCCACAGGAGUGUUGGUAAUCAGCCAAAGAGCACGUCAAGCCCACCCACUGUUGUUGAUCUGCACAUGCCACUGCUGAGUUCCUGUGAUGAUAAUCUUUUGCUUUUGCCCCCAGAAACACAAUGCCAGAUGUGCUCAAAGGUGUUCUCCACCUCCGGAUCGCUGAGGGAGCACAUGAUGAUGCACGGUGGGGAGAAGGUGGUGGUCAAGGCUGAGGAAGAAGCUGCCGGGCUGAUUGAAGCACUGGGCAUUGCUGAUAGCAUGCAAGAUGUAAUGGUGUUUUCUUCAGUGAAGCGUAAGCGAUCAUUCCGAUCAAAGAGGCAGACACCAGCACUCAGUUUGGAGGAGAUAGAGGCUGCAGAUGCUCUCCUACUGCUUUCAGGGUGCUUUGACAAGACUUCAGCUUAUGAGGAUUGCUAUCUGGGAGAUAUAGAAGACAGUAGCUUGAGAUCCAUUGUGCUGACAGAGGUUAACAUGAAUGCCGUGGAUCGUUGUUCGGUUCGAUCUGUUGGCUCCAAGGAGCCAAUAAAUGAUAAUAACUCAGGUUACAAGGAUUGCUAUGGACAAAGUGACAAGGAAAACUGUUUGAUCGUUCCCAAGGAGGAGAUGGAUCCAAAUGAUUUUGAUCAUGAGCUGGUUAGAGAUGCUGCUCUCAGGAAACCAAGAACCGACAAUUCAGAUGAGGAGAUGAAGUUUGGUGAUCUUCCAGCUGCUGCUAUGAAGGACAACAGCCACCGUUGCAAUACCUGCGGAAAGUCAUUUGGAUCAGGGCAGGCACUGGGAGGCCACAUGCGACGUCAUUAUGUUCGGAAGUGCAAUCGUCAACGGGGGGUUGCUGACCACGCUGGUUCUGUUCUUAUGAAAGUGCAAAAGCUGAAGCUUAGAUUGGACCCCAUCUUGUUUGAUGUCACACUUCCAGCUCUCACUGAUGGAGACUGCUGCAUUUCUGUGGGUGUGAAGCCUGAACCUCAGCUGUGGUGUGUCACGAGCAAUCUUCAGUGAACCAAUCCGGUGCUCGAUGUGGUCUGAAACUCUCUGUUCUUUUGGUGAAAUCUGGGGUGUUGUCUGAAACUGGUACAGUUCCUUGAGCUGUCUGUAGACUGUAGGUAGUUCAUCAGCCAGGAAGCAAAAAAAACCCAUGUUGUCUUCCGAUAGAUAGUCACAAGCUCACAAUACUGAUAGGAGUAGUUCUCUUGACUGACAAACUUCCAUGGAUAGCAAAGGCCAGGAUCUUGAGUGAUAGCUUGGUUACUGAACAGUGAAGCUGAUUUCCAUGUUGCAUGCAAUGCAAUGGACGAGCUUGUCAUUUUUUUUUUGUACCAACAAUCUGUAAAAUCAGUUUUGCUUUGCUUUCUGUAAAUGUCUGUACCUUGAUUCUUGAAAGGAAUGCUGGUCAGAAUGAGGUGAAUUUUUGUACUAAAUGGUGAUAUCCUCAUUGUAUGCACUGAUCAGUCAAUAUUAAAGUACAGUGACAUUUUUUUUCAAGAAAAAGAGAAGUGAGAUAGGAGUAGUUCUCUUCA